CGGUCACACUAAGCCCGCCAAAAGUGAUUUGUUAUUGCGCCCAUUUAGAAAACUAAGAAAAAAACAUACGAGAUCACGCAAAAAUCCAAAUCUAUCCAAAUGAAAUGGGUCCUGCACAGAAAUCUGGAACAGAUAUUAGUAUCGACGAUGAGGAGGAAAUACUGGCGCUGGAAAAACUACUGGGUGCAGCAGAAAACGAAAAUUCAAAAUCUGCAGAGUCAGUAAAAACAAAACCCGCCGCACCCAUUUUGGGGAACUCGGUGCCAAAACUACGAGAAGACAGCAGUUUUGCCUUCACCUUCGAAAAGAUCGUGAAACCCGAUAAGCAGGAGAAUGCUGCUAUCAGUAAGGAACCAGAGCUGGACUCGUCCGACGACGAGGAGGUAAAGAACUUCCUGGAACGCAAGUACAAUGAGUACGGCAAUGAUAUAAACAAGAGACUGAAGCACCAGCAGGAGGACGCCUACGAGUCCAAGGUGGCGAGGGAAGUGGAUGAAGAGCUUAAGAAGGCUACCUACGUCGUUACAUCCACCCCGCAACCCCUGAAAAAUCCGCAUAAUCCCAUUAAACGUCAAUCGGCGGUGAGCAGCACGUUUCAACGCCCUCCGCCAGUCGCUGCCGCCGUGGCAUCCAAAUCCCAGUCAAGUUCUCCCGUAUCUGCCGUUUUUACGGAUCCAGUCUUUGGACUGCGCAUAAUCAAUCCGCUAGUCUCCAGCUCACUGCUGCAGGAGCGCAUGACGGGCAGGAAACCUGUGCCUUUCUCAGGCGUUGCGUAUCACAUCGAGCGAGGCGAUUUGGCCAAAGAUUGGGUCAUUGCUGGCGCGCUGGUUUCCAAAAAUCCAGUAAAGAACACCAAGAAGGGUGAUCCCUACUCCACAUGGAAACUAUCCGAUCUACGGGGAGAGGUUAAAACGAUCUCUCUUUUCCUUUUUAAAGAGGCCCACAAAUCCCUGUGGAAAACAGCUGAGGGUCUGUGCUUGGCUGUCUUGAAUCCAACUAUUUUCGAGAGGAGAGCGGGAAGUUCAGAUGUGGCCUGCCUAUCCAUCGAUAGCUCCCAAAAAGUCAUGAUCCUGGGUCAGUCCAAGGAUUUGGGCACAUGUCGGGCCACCAAAAAAAAUGGGGACAAGUGCACUUCGGUGGUUAACCUAACCGACUGUGAUUAUUGCAUUUUUCAUGUGAAGCAGGAAUAUGGCAAGAUGUCCCGACGUUCUGAACUGCAAUCCGCGACCGCAGGUCGUGGUAUCAAUGAGCUAAGAAACAAGGUUUUGGGCAAGAACGAGAUAUUUUACGGCGGCCAAACAUUUACUGCAGUUCCCGCAAGAAAAAGUGCCAAGUUAAUCACCAAGGAACGUGAUCGUCUGAGUAUGCUGGCUGGCUAUGAUGUUUCCCCUUUCGCCCAUACCGCUAACCACACCUCAAAGCCCAAAACAGCCGAACCUACUAAAAUUCCAUAUGCAGAACGUGGGGGUCCUGUUUCCCGUUUGGCUGGUGGUGUGGAGGCGUCUAGGAAACAGAGAGUCCAAGAUCUAGAGCGGUUGCGUCUGCUUAAAGAGGAAAAUGAGCGCUUUGAAAAGAAAAAGCAGGCGGAGGGAAGUGAUAACAAGAAAGAAUCUGAAGCAGGCACGCUCGCUGUCAGCAUGCCCACUACACCUGUUCCAGAUAAAUUCAAAAAUCGCGGAUUCUCUUUCGAUGCCAGUUUAACGCCCAAGCUUUCCGGUAGCGAGAACUUUUCCUUUGAGAUCAAUGUAGGAUCUCGCCAGGCACAAAAUGCCAAGCUGAAAGCAGCCGCCCUGCUGAAGAAGAAGCCACUGGAGAAGAUCAACCCCAACUCCACACGAGGUAGUGAAAGUGGAAAGAGAAGAGCCAUCGAUGAACUUAACGAGAAGUUCUCUAGCAGCGCCAAGCGACAAAAAAUUGAAGAGGACGAUCGAGAGUUAAUGCGCAAAUCAAGAAUCGAGAAAAUAAUGGCAGCCACCUCAUCGCAUACGAAUCUCGUAGAGAUGCGAGAGCGCGAAGCGCAGGAAGAGUACUUUAACAAGCUUGAACGCAAGGAAGCGAUGGAAGAGAAGAUGCUGGCCACUUACAAGAUGCCAUGCAAGGCCGUCAUCUGCCAGGUGUGCAAGUACACAGCCUUCUCCGCCUCCGAUCGCUGCAAGGAGCAGAAGCACCCCUUAAAGGUGGUCGAUGCUGAAAAGCGAUUCUUUCAGUGCAAAGACUGCGGAAAUCGAACAACCACCGUAUUCAAGUUGCCCAAACAGAGCUGUAAGAAUUGCAAGGGGUCGCGAUGGCAAAGGACGGCCAUGAUACGGGAGAAAAAUAUGCUGACUGGUAGGGAAACUCUAUCAGUGAGAGGAGACGAGGAAACAUUUGUGGGCAGCCUAGCCGGCAGUGCUAAUCUCAACUUGCUGGUACCCGAUGAAGAGUGAUGCCGGAAUUUUUCGCUAUCUGUUAUAUUUGGUUUAUUUUGUUUUAUAUUAUUUCAAUUUAUUUUUAAAAGUUAAUUUAAACAUAUGCAGUAGAUGCAAGUAUUUACAGUCCUCUUGUUAGUCGCUUUUUGGCUCAUAAAAAAGAUUAGUCCUCGUUAAAUAAGUACAUUGGUUCGAAUACCUAAAUAUCUAGACUGCCUGCAAGAUUGUUUAAGAUGUACCAGAUAUAAUAAUGCAGGUUAUCUAUGAUUGUUUAGCUUAUUGCGUGAAUAAAUUGAAACUUAUAUUAUGA